AUGUCAAGGGAAACGUUCAGGUUCAUACUUCAACACAUCAGGCAUAAACUGUUGCAAGACACAAUUACCGAAGAGCCAAUUACUCCUGAGUGUCGAUUGACCAUUGGGCUGUACCGCUUAAGCAGAGGUGAUUACUUCUUUACUAUAUCUGAAAUGGUAAGGCUUGGUGUGUCUACUGUUUGUACCAUUACCAACGAAGUUACAAUUGUCGAGAACAUGUGGGAACAAUCUGUCAAUCGCCACAUGCCGAAAAGCGAAGAGGAUUUCAGAAAAAAAAUACUUGAUAUGGAGGAAAUUGUUGGCAGUUUCCUUUCUGCUGGUCUGCCAUAG